GCAGGCCUUUCCGCGUACGUCGUCUGGAAGUUGGAGAAGCAGGUUCCUGGCAGAAGGGCGGCGGGUCGUGAGUGCGUCGGCUAUGCUGCUGGCCACCCCCUGGAUUGUGGGCUUGAGCUGAACGACGCCAGCUCGAAGUCCUACCGCAAGCCGAUGACCAGGCUCGGUCUGGAGCUACACAUGGUCAGGACGAAGCAGAAGCUGAAAGACAGCGACGUUGGCAUCGAGGGCCGGUUCGAGUACCUGAAGCGCACCAGGAUCAGGACCGACGAGGGCAUCUUCUUUCAGCCGCAGGAGAAGCGCAGCAUGAGCAUCAUCUCCGAGUUGGGGCUGAAAGGUGCGAAAGCGGUCAAGGCUCCAGACAUGGGGCCGGAAGAGAUCCUCGAGCACUCCCCACCCCUGGUCGACAAGCAGAUUUCGAGGCAUCGUUCACGCGUGGGGAGGGGGCUCUACUUGGCACAGGAUCGCGCGGACAUCCAGCGGGCAGUGGGAAUGCUGGCUGCUGACCUGGCGAACCCGACUGCGCACUUCUGGAAGAGGCCGAUGCGGCAUGGGCGCUAUUUGGUCGGCGCCAACGAGCUGGGCGCGUUCCUCCCGAAGGUCGACGCGAAGAUCUACAAGAAGGGCGCGAUCCAUCCGAGGACCUUCUCGGACAGUGAUCAUGGCGGAAAGAAGGCAAAACGCAAGAGCACUACCUGUUGGGUUCCGUGUGCGGAAGGGGUGGCGUUGGCGACGCUGGUUCGGAGGCAGGGCUUGAUAGCUGUGAGUUCGGGUGAGAGCGAGUUCUACGCACUGAGCACAGUGUCGAUGGACGGCAAGAUGGCGAGGGACCUCUUCACCUGGUUCGGGGUUCGUGUCGAGUGGAGCUUGGAGACCGACUCUUCAGCGGCUCGGUCGAUUUCCUUAAAACAGGGAGCCGGGGAGGUCCGCCAUCUGGACACGAGAGCUCUGUGGGCGCAGCACGCGACGCGCCUGCCGGGGUGGAAGGUCCCGAAGUGCAAAGGGAGCGAGAAUCCAGUUGACAUCGGAGCGAAGUCACGCGCGGCCGACGCGCGCGAACAGCUGUGCAAGCAGGCGGGGCCACGUCGCUUGAGCGGCGACUUCGGGGCAGUUCGUGAGGUCGAGGAGAACGCGGCGAUUGAGAG